CGCAGAAUGGUUAGAUCAACCCGGGUUGAAUUUGCAAGGAUUAGCGGGGCCGCCGAAUGGGUUAUCCGCCGAUCAAACUCAAACCCGGAUCAAAGCGUUACAGAGUAGAGAGCGAGCGAGCCAAUCGCCGGGGGCCAAAAGGUGACCGAAACGCCCGCGUUGCUGCUCUCAGAGGGUUAAGCUCCGUGCCUGGAAUGUGCAGUUUCUCCUCAGGCCGCGGGGGACGGAGCGGGCGGGCGAGCGCGUCAGGCGCACCCCGUGAGGAAUUCUCUCGCUCGGGCUGGAAUGUAGGAGCUGAGCGAGCCUUUUCCUGGUCUCCAGACCGCUUUCCUGACGCGAGCGGCGCUUCGUCGGCUCCUGCUUUCUCCCCUGCGGGCGAUGGCUACCUCGGAGCUGCAGCCCGGGACCUCUCCACACCGGGACUCGUGGCGUCGCACCGUUCUUCUCCUGAGGAAGAUGCGCUCAGAUGUCAGUAGCCUCCUGGAAUGCUACGCUGAGAAGCAAGAUCUGGUAGAACCCUUCAACUUUGAUUUGAUCGAUGUUGAUUUGAUCGAUGGAGUCCCUCUAGCUGAUGUUGAAGAAUGGAGUGAGCUUUCAGAUGCUGAGCGUCUGGGGAGCAACUUGCAAGCUUAUUGGGCAUUUCAGAUUCUGCUGGAUCAAAUCUUGGAAGAGCAGAGAAUUGAUUUAACCCCAGAGGAUGUAGCCUUCCAUGAAUCUAUCCAAUCAGUUUUGCUGCAAGUUUCUGCUUUAGCUUACCAGCUGGAGGAGCUGAUGGUAACGCUGAAGCACAACGUGCCAGCCAAAGAGGUAAAAAAUACAAGUAACCCUGAUGAAAAAAGCUUAUUUGAAAAGAAAUUAAGGGGCAUGAAGGUGCUACAGGAGCUUGGCCAGUGGACCGUCAGGUCAGUCCGAGACCUUCACAAAAUCUCUACAGCUGUUCAGGCAUCACCCACCACCGAGAGUGACAGCCUGGAAAAAUGAGGAUUCUGUUGGAUUCUUAAGCUUCUUUAAAACAAGGUCUCUCCCUCAUUUGUGGUGUUUAGAUUGAAGCAGUAUGGCCAGCCUGAGCAGGUGGAGAAGAUUGGAAUGAGUUCCCCUCCCAUCCAUAUUAGUCUGUAUACAGUAUGCAGCCCAUUCCUGAGUAGUGAAGAAUUUCAAGAGUUCCAGUGCUACAUGGUGACUCUAGGCUUGUAGUGUUAUUGUGCUAUAAGGUUUAUUUGCAAAUACAUGCAGGCUGAGCACCGGAUGGGUAUUCAUAAUAUUAACACUCCAAUGGAUUCCUGUUUCCUGGAGUUUUGCCAGGAAACUCUCUUUGCCUCUGUCUAGUUCCAGCCUAGACUAAUUCUGUGCUUCGUACAUACAAUUCAUUCAUCUCCUCCCCAUGAUUCUCCAAGGAGGAAAGACUCAUCCUCUUCCAUUGCAAAGUUAUUUGCCAGUGUGUUUCUGGUUGCCUUCUUCUCUGCUGAGAACUUAACCAUGACUAGCAACAGCCCCUAUGUUAGCUUUUAAGGGCCACCACUUUUAACGGGCAUUGAUUUUCCAAGUAUGGCCCACAGAGGUUGAUGAGGUAGUGUGUUGCAACCUUGCCACUUCAGCCCAGUGGUGUACCUAGCAUGCCUGAUGCGCAAAUCAGAUCCUUUUUAUUACCUCCCUCCUGUGUCACCAAGAACUUACUUUGGUGUAGGGUCCUGUCAUAAGCAUGAAGCCAGCUGGCUCAUUCAUUCUCUCAUAGCCUUAGGGAGAAAGCCAUGGCAAACCACUUCUGAAAAUGUUGGCAAGGCAACUGCAACUGUAAAGGGAACUUGUCAAAGUCAAAUCUGAUUUGAAGGCCUUUUCCUUCAUCACUACUGUACCUGUCAGUUGUUAUUCAGCGGAUUAGCAUGUUGGAACAGUAACCCAGAUCCAUACUUGCCGCUUGCCUCCUUGUCAUCUUUGGCAGCACUCCCCUUGUGUCUUACCUGGGAGAGGGGGUGGAUAGAUCUCCCACCACUUCCAUAGUAUUGUUUCAGCCAGGCUUCUGUCUAUUUUUCAGUAAUUGGGUGGUCAGUUGACUUUAAUCAGUGUGUAGAAAAUGGGUGGAAAAUGUCAGAUUUGCCCUGACAAUCCACCUCCCGGAGUCAACUCUCUACUCAGCUGCUGCCUCAAGUGAUAAAGAAAUACUUGAUUUUGGAUUAUAUUUUUGGUACAAAUUUGACUUUACAGUAAAAAUGCAGGGGAUGGGAAGACAUACAGAAAUACAAUUAUAUAAUAAUUUGUCAAAAAAGGCAAGUUUCCAUGUUCUUAUGGACAAAAACAUAAGGAGUCUUUGUUUAACUGGAGGGUCAUCACAUUUUCUCUGAAUUGUUUCUUCAGAUGGCCAUGAUUUCAGAAAGUCUGAAAAACACUGCCCUAGGGCAACCACACUGAGGCACUACUUAAAGAAAGCCUUUUAUCCCUCAACAGACAGAGUUCAAGCAUCCUGUGAAAUUUUAAUGUGGUUCAUUAGAUUUUGGUUUAGUAUGUUGUAUAAAUACGCCAUUGUAAUUUAUAAGCUGUUUUCCCAAUGGCAUAUGAACUCACCAAUUGUGGAUUAAUUAAUAAACCAUGAUUAAAUAAACUGUGAUUAAAUAGGAAGGAAUUGGAUUCAGAUUAACCAUCUUUUAUUUUCAUUACUAAUUUCUUUUUUUUUGAAACUUCGAGAACAGGUAAAGAACAAAAAGUAAAGUCCUUUUCUUAAGGUGGAAUUAAUGUUAUUAUUGAAGCCAACAGGAUCAAAGUAUAUAAUUACAUUUCUUUUUUUAUUUAUUUAAUUAUCCUAAAUGUAUAACACAAUACUGCUAAGGUUGGCAUUCAGGAAUGUUUCUUUGGGCUUCUCCUUUCCAUUCUCAUCAGCAAUAGGUCAUAGUACUCAGAUGGGGCACAAAAGAAAUAGGUGUAUUUUUAAGGACGUUAAAUCAUUCCAAGUU